CAGCACAAUGUCUAUCCACUACAUUCCCAUCUUCUUCCUCCUAUUCUUGAGUUCCUUCUGCAAAUCCGAUGACCAGCUGACACAUGCAAAGCCACUCACCCACAGCGACAUGCUAAUCUCCAAUAGCGGGGACUUUGCUCUCGGCUUCUUCUCUCCCACCAGUAUCAACAACAGCUUUUACCUUGGCAUAUGGUACCACAGCCUCCCUGGACCACGCACCGUUGUGUGGGUGGCCAACCGAGACAAUCCAAUCACCACCCAUUCAUCUGCGACGUUAAUCAUCAACAACAGUUCUGAUCUGGUGCUGUCUGACUCCCAUGGCCACAGUAUAUGGAGGACGGAGACCAAUAUCACCGCUGGAGCCACCAGAGCCCAUGCAGUGCUACUUGACCAGGGGAACUUUGUCCUUCGCUUGCCGAAUGGCAUGGACAUAUGGCAGAGCUUCCAUUAUCCGACUGACACAAUACUUCCAGCCAUGAAAUUUGUGUUCAGCUACAAGGCAAAAAUCGUCGGGCGGCUCGUUGCUUGGAAGGGCUUGGAUGAUCCAUCCUCUGGGGACUUUUCAUACAGUGGCGACCCUAGCUCUCCGUAUCUUCAAGUAUUGACUUGGAACAAGACCAUCCCAUACUGUCGCAUGGGUGUGUGGAAUGGUGUGCCAGUAGCCGGUGGCAGAAUAUUGACCAACACCAGCUCCAUCUUGUCCCAAACGGUCGUCAACACCGGAGAUGAGUUCUACUUCGUGUACGCAAUCUCCAACAACUUACCAUUCACACGCGUCAUGCUUGACUAUACUGGUAACGUGAAGAUUUUAAGCUGGAAUAGUCACUCAUCAUCAUGGGCACUCGCCGGUAAACGCCCCUCUGCUGCAUGCGACCUCUAUGCCUCGUGUGGUCCGUUCAGUUAUUGCGACUUCACUCAGAAUGUCCCGUCGUGCCAAUGCCUUGAUGGGUUUCAACCCAACGGUAUUAAUUUUCCAAGAGGAUGUAGCAGAAAAACAGCGCUAAAAUGCGAAAGACAGAGUCAUUUCGUACAAUUUCCUGAAAUGAAGGUUCCUGGAAAUUUCUUGCACAUACGGAACAAAAGCUUUGAUCAAUGCGAGGCCGUGUGCAACCACAACUGCUCCUGCACGGCUUUCGCUUAUGCCAAUAUGAGCGAUGGCAGUGCUAUGGCCGACACGUCAAGAUGUUUGGUUUGGUCAGGGGAGCUUAUCGACAUUGGUAAGAUACCCAACGGCGAGAACCUACACAUCCGACUUGCCGAUACUGCUGUUGACAAGAAGGUCAGUUCAGUGAAGAUUACACUCCCGAUUAUAGCAUGCCUACUGCUACUAUCAUGCAUAGCCCUCGUCUGGAUAUACAAAUACAGAGGUAAACGGCGAAAUGAGGAGACCCAGAAGAAAAUGAUGCUAGGAUACUUUAGCACGUCCAAUGAGCUCGGAGGAGAAAAUACAGAAUUUCCAUUUGUUAACUUCAAAGACAUCCUUUCAGCCACAAACUUCUUUGCUAACUCCAACUUGAUUGGACGGGGAGGUUUUGGCAAAGUUUACAAGGGAACACUAGAGGGUGGAAAGGAGGUAGCUGUCAAAAGGCUUAGUAAGGGUUCUGGACAAGGUACAGUGGAGUUCAAAAAUGAAGUAGUUCUAAUCUCCAAACUACAGCACAAGAACCUGGUCAGGCUUCUUGGAUGCUGCAUUCAUGAAGAUGAGAAGUUACUGAUCUACGAAUAUUUACCUAACAAAAGUCUGGAUGCCUUUCUUUUUGAUGUUGCACAAAAGCACGUACUUGAUUGGUUCACACGGUUCAAAAUAAUUAAAGGGAUAUCAAGAGGCCUUCUUUAUCUCCAUCAAGAUUCAACAUUAACAAUAAUCCACAGAGAUCUUAAAACAAGCAACAUCUUGUUGGACACAGAGAUGACUCCCAAAAUUUCAGAUUUCGGUAUGGCAAGAAUCUUUGGUGCAAACCAGAACCAAGCAAACACGACCCGGGUUGUUGGGACUUGUACAUUUCUUGCUGAUAGUUUGUCGAACGUUUUAAACAGCGGCUAUAUGUCACCUGAAUAUGCGAUGGGAGGUGCUUUUUCUGUAAAAUCAGACACAUAUAGCUUUGGUGUUCUUCUCCUGGAGAUUGUUAGUGGAUUGAAGAUCAGCUCAUCCCAUCUCAUAGCAAACUUUUGUGGUCUUAUUGCUUAUACAUGGAGAUUAUGGGAAGAUGGAAAAGCAAUUGAAUUGGUAGACUCUUCAGUUUUGGCAAGCUGCCCGCAUGACGAAGUUCUACGGUGUAUCCAUGUGGCACUCUUGUGUGUUCAAGACCGUGCCAGCGAUAGGCCCCUAAUAUCAUCAGUUAUUUUUAUGUUAGAAAACAAAACUACGUUCCUUCCGGCUCCAAAGCAACCUGUAUAUUUUGCAGUGAGUAACUGUGGAGAUGGAGAAGGAAGUGAGAGCAUGGAGAAUUCCUUGAAUGGAGUAAGUAUCACAACACUCAAGGGCCGUUAA